CUCCCAAACUAGCUGUUGGGCUCUUAGCUAGCGGAGGAGGAGAAGGAAAGAAGUCUUCGUCUCCAUUGCAAUUUGCGAGGUCAGGGACUAGUUACAGGGUAAAAAAAUGGAUCAAUUUAAUCAUCAGGAAACUGUUUAUCAUCAUCAACAAGUUCAGCCCCCAAAUCCCCCGCUUCCCGAGUUUGGACAGCCUCCGCCUGAUAUGCACUUAUCUUCUAAUCGCCCCAAUCUUGACUCCAGGCCAGAAGCAGUGCCAAAGGACUCCAUUGCCGCAAGGAAAGUCCAAAAAGCUGACCGUGAGAAGCUACGGAGGGAUCGCUUAAAUGAGCAGUUUGCUGAGUUGGGAAAUACCCUUGAUCCUGAUAGGCCAAAAAAUGACAAAGCAUCUAUCCUCACUGAUGCUAUCCAAAUGGUGAAGGAAUUGACUGCUCAGAUUGACAAAUUAAAAGCUGAACAUGCUGCACUUAACGAAGAAUCUCGUGAGUUGACUCAGGAGAAAAAUGAUCUUCGAGAAGAGAAGGCAUCUCUUAAGUCAGAUAUUGAGAGCCUUAAUGGACAAUAUCAGCAGAGAGUGAGAGCUAUGUAUCCGUGGGCAGGCAUGGAUCAUUCUGUUGUCAUGCACCCAGCUUCUUAUCCUUUUCCAUUGCCCAUGCCGAUACCUGCUGGUCCAAUUCCCAUGCAUCCAUCUUUGCAGCCAUUCCCACUUUAUGGGAAUCAGAAUGCUGCGGUUGUUCCAAGUCCUGUGUCAACUUUUGUUCCAUAUAUGGCUCCUAAUAGCAUUAUUGAACAGCAAUCAACACAACAUGUUUCUCAAGUAACACAACCUGGUAGCAGAUCCCAUACUUCAAGCAGGCAAGAUUCUAGACCCAAAGCAUGCAAUCAGAAGGAUAGCAGAAGUGAAAAAAGCGAGACUUCAGAUGAUGUUGCAACUGACCUUGAGCUCAAGACCCCUGGGUCUACAGUAGAACAGGAUGUUUCACCUGGACAAAGAAAAGCCAAAAGAUCACCUAGGAAGGAGAGUAACAUUACGGAAGGAAGUUCUUCAAGCAGGUGUUCAUCGUCUCACAGUGUACAGGCUGCUUCGUCAAAUAGUGUAGUUGGUGGCACAAAAACAGAUGAGUGAAGGAGGAAACCUGAACCUGGUUAUUUCAAAUUCAUUCUCCUCUCUUAAUCGCUCUGAGUUAACCUUUGUCAACUGCUGGUGCCAUUCUUCUACUCUGGUGUGCAGCAGCUGCGGCGGACUUCAGCUGGAUACCAGAGGACGAGUCCAAGUGUAAAUAUGGUGUAGUUCCUCUCCAUAAGUAGGUUAGUGCUUCCACAGGACGUGGAUUAUAAUGGAGCCAGCAUCUGGAAAAGUAAUUUCAGAGGUGAUCUAUGUAAGCUUUGCUUUAUAUUUUUUGACCUGUUAUCACGCAUUCCUUUCUUGUUGUUGUACAGCUGUGUAAAUUUUUAUGUUUUAAGGAUUAGAUAAAGAUUUUUACUGACUUCAAGGAUGAUCAAGUUUCGGUGAAUGGACUUGUUGAUGAAUGAAUGGGGGCACACACUGAGUUAGCCGA